UAGGGCCUGGGAUGUUGGCUCACAGACUCUUGGAGCUAUACACACUGGCACCAUAUUUACUGGAAUAUUUCCAUAUUCUCAACAGGUGUGUGACUCUCUGUUCCUUCAAGUUGGAUUAAGGACACGUUGGACUGGGACUAUAUCACAUUCAAAAGGUGGACAACAGAUUCUUAAUGGAUUGUUGACUUGUGUAUCCACCGCUUGUGUCCUGAAGCUGGUGAGCAGCCAUGAUACAACGCCCAUAAUGGAGCAGACCUAGUCGGUCACCAGUUCGGGAUAACAAAGUUGGCACAUUGCAGAUAAAGAUGUUUUGUCCAAAUCUGAGUGCAGACAGUGCUGGGAACACAACCUCCAACACCAAGAGUGCAGAGGAGCUGCAAGCAGUGGCCAUCAAGUACUAUUUCAUGAACAUCGGCAUCCCUGUGGUCUGUUCAUUCGGAAUUGUUGGCAACAUCUUAAACCUGUUGGUGUUAACAAAAGAAAAACGUCAACGUACGCUGACCAAGAUGGAGUUAUCUGCCCAUAUGGGCCUCAUCGCACUUGCCUUUUCUGAUUUUAUGUUUUGUCUGUUGGCUCUGUUGUUUGUGAUGCUGCCACUGAAAGGAGUUUACAUCCUCGGCGAUGCUGUUGUCUACUAUGAUUGGUUAGGAGGUGGCUUCAUCACUAUGUUUAUCGUAACCAGCACUUGGUUGAUUGUUGUGAUGGCUGGUGAGCGAUACAUGGCCGUCUGUCAUCCCUUCAAAGCCAGGAAUCUUAUCUCCCUUCGUCGCACUCGUAUAAGUAUCACUGCCAUAUUUGUAGGAUGUGCCUUCUGCACCAUUCCCAUCUUCAUGCAAACUCGCAUUCAAGAAUUUCAGUGUGCUGACAACGUAACUUACCUCCAAGUCAUAGAACGAAGUAUGUUCACCCGUGAAGUUAUAGCAGCCAGACGUUUGAUGUGGUCAGUGCUGUUUGACUUCAUUCCUUGUGCUGCUCUGAUCUACUUCAACAUAUGUCUGAUAUGGAAGAUCCACCAUGCCAAGCGGAUGCGGCGGAACAUGGCGCCGAUGCAGUGCCACGAGCAGAGUAGUCUAUACAGCUCAAACAAAAACGGAACACUUUCAACAUCAGUGAGUUUUAAAAGAAGUCCAGGACAAAUAUCAUACAAGCCAUCCUGUUCCGUUGAGUUAGAAUCUCAGAGCUACAACUCUAGCCCCCAUCAAACCAAAAUGGCACGGCAUAUUUCACGGAAACGAUCAACUGAUAGUGCAUUGAACAGUGUGACAGCAACUCUUGUUGCCGUAGUGAUAAUGUUCCUUAUUCUUGUGUCACCAAGUGAAUUGCUCAAGUUUGUGUUGAACUACACCACUGACUCACAUCAGCAUAAAGUGAAGAUCGUGAAUGCCAUCACUAAUUUUAUGCAGGCUUUGAAUUUUUCCACAAACUUUGUCUUAUACUGUGUUAUUAACAAGUCAUUCCGUGAAACCCUGACAUCAAUAUUCUGUACAGUAAACUGCAAGAAGAUGCUCCAUAGUCGAGAUGAGCACCUGAUCCUGGAGAGAUCGGGAUGAAUUUCACCAAUAUGUGCUGGGACACAUGUCACAAAGCAAUCCUAUUGCCAUGAAUCUUAAGUUUACGAUGUACAAUAUCAACGAUGACAGUCACAGCACUACACUUGCUUUGUGAAAUGGGCCCACGACAUUAUUGGUAGAACUUUAAACCGAGUUUGAGAUUACUUAUCCUUAUUUGGGGCUGGUAAGCCAGACAGCAUAGCCCUCAGUGAAGAUAUAGUACUCAAAGCAACUUCUUUUUUGAUGUAGUAAUUCUGCUAGAAAUGUUGCAACCUAACUUUCAAAACUAUCACACAAUGGUUCAAACAGCUUAAAUGUGAUGCUAUAUUAAAUGUGUUACGCUGAUAAGAAUAUUCUCUGAAGAACUGUCUUUACAAAAGUUAAAAUGAGCCAGAUUCUAAUCCAUCUUAGCCACAGCAGACCCAGAGGGUGAGACCAAAACAGGAGUCACAAAUCUUUUUGACCAGAACCACAUGACCUCCACAAUGUGUGUAAUUGUACUACUGACAAAACGUUCAGCAUCGCCUGAUUCUUUCACGGGUAUGAUACAUUAUCUGUAGAACAGCAACAGCAUGGGGGUCCUGAACUUGUUUCUAAACUUCCAGGAGUGUCAACACUAUUACAGGAAGAUCAGAUUCCAGCCUAAAUAUGUUUGUAUUGGGCAGACACUCCAGUGGUUGACCAGAAUGAAUCAAUGUAAACUGGAUACUAUUUGAAGACAAGUAAAAACAUAAAAGAGGUGACGUCUUUCUUCAGAAUCUCAUCAUUCCCAGAAUCGUUUAUCUAUCAUCACUUGUAGACAAGUUGACAUCAAGUACUUGUUUGUCUGGUCCCGAUGUGAUUAUUAACAAGGUGUUGACAUUUAUCUGGAAUAUUGCCAAGUGUUGAAUUAAGAAACAAUAUAUCAGGUAUUUGCUGAAAGUGAUCUAUUAAUGAUAUUUUAUGAUACAGGCUCAGAUUUGUCUUGAAACUUGACUGUACAAGAUCCCUAACAUAAGACAUAGUUGCGCUGAGUGAGUGUGGUUUCCACAGCUUUCGACAAUAUGUUAAUUUGUACCUGUAGAUUUCCCCAUGAUGCAGUGUCCAUGAACAGGGCCACAAAUUGAGACAGCAUAGCCCUGUUCAUGGAUUGCUUCAUACAACUAUGUUCCAACCUAACUGAUGUUAAGAAUAAAGUUCCAAUACAUAGUCCUUGUUCGAGGUUAUUGUACAGAUAACUCAUCACAAACUAAAUGUUUUCUUCAGCAAAUAGUGUCUGACUGAUUUGAUAUACUAGUUGUUGAAGAAUGACAAUGGUCCCAAACACAUCAACCAUAACACAUUAAAGCUACCUCUACCACUGUUAUAUUCUGCUAUAUUCAGUCAUAUCAACACCUGUUAAGCCAUUUCAAGUGUUCAAUGCUGCUAGGUGGGGUAGAGUAGUCUGAUGGUUAAAGCGUCUGCUCAUAAGGCUGAAGACCCAGGUUCGAGUCCCUUCAUGGGUACAAUGUGUGAAGCCCAUUUCUGGUGUCCCCCGUCGUAAUAUUGCUGGAAUAUUGCUAAAAGCGGCGUAAAACCAUACUCACCCACUCAAGGUACUGCUGAUAAAUCAUACCAUCAGUAUUUGUUGUAAACUAAGAUGUACACGUGAUCUCACAGUAACAGCUCUGUCCUGACUCAGUUCAACACUGAACGAUUAGUCAUGCUGGAUUGGGUGUCAGUUAUAAUCAAGCCAUUAAAUUUAACAUUUGAAAUUUUAUUGGGGUAAUAGAAAACCUACAGACUAAUAUUCUUCCCGAUUCACAAGAUUAUCAAAAUGACAGAUAUAAGAACCACUCUGUAUGAUAAUGAAGCUGUUUGCCACAUGACAACAUUCCAUAGCUUCUGACAUUGUGACAUCACUCACAAUAUGAAAUAAAGGUAACAGCUUUACGACGAACUAGUCAUCAUUUCUCAUAUGUGUUAGUAAGUGAUAAAAUAUAUAUAUGGUGAAAUAAAAUCAAUAUUUCACUCACAUGAACUGUCAGUCUGACUUAACGACAUACAGUUGUUAUAAUAAUGGAAGAGGAAGAAGUCAUAUUAAUGAAAAAUAUUAGAGGACACUUCAGGCGAUCGCUGUCAAAUGGCAAAGUAGUUUUAUGAACCACUGUUAACAUUAUCAUGCUACAAACUCACUCUAAAGUAGAGCAACCAUCAUUAUUUUGUCCAAAAACAUUACUUAGUCAUCAACUUUGCAAUCACAGUUUUUGAACAAUCUGAGAUGAUUUUUUUCUGAUUGUUUUUGAAACAUAUUUUUUGGUUUUAUAACAGAAUUAUUGCUCAUUGAGGAAAAGAAUUCAUGUCGGACCACAGAGCGUAAUUUAAUUAGUAUAUUGGCUGUUCCAGAUCACAGCGCGACACUGAGAAAAGGUGGCUCAUUGUAACUCAGCAGUUUAUCAUUCUCUUUUCCUGUCACAGUUUCUCCUUUUGCAUAUGACAAUAAAACUGCAUAUUGUUGACUGUAA